AUGAACCCGACAAUCUUAGUCUGUUCCGUUGAUGCCAUCAUUCCACUACCAUCCACUGUACAGCCGUCAACAAGCGGCCAAGACGUCGUGAACCACGUUAAUAAACUUUGCGGCGUUGUUGGAGAUGAAGGGAAGCUGUAUGGGAUAGCGUCUGUGGAUUCGAGUGGACACUUCAUCUGGAUCGGCGAGCGCGAAGACGAGGAACUAGAUGAGAUUCUAACACUAGAAGAUGUAGCCUUUGAACAUCGUGUCAGAUUUUUCCCAGAAAUCGAUGGCCUGCUCUCGGCAACUGGCCGGACUUUCGAACUAUUUUUCAUGGAGAUCCACGGCGAGAUAUUUGCAUACAAGGGCCCUCCACGACCGCCAAUCUUCUCGAAAUCAGACCACAUCCGGUUGGCCGCCUCUAUCCUGCACGUCUACGCCGGGCCGUUCAGCGAGGACCCACCUGCCCGUGAAGCGCUCCGAUUUUUACUGCCGAUUCCGUUUGGUUCCAGUGAAAGGAGGGAAGAGGAAACCGAUGAGAUGGAGGAGCUGAUUUUAGAAGAAUACAGACGGAUGCGAAAUGUCAAAAAGGGAGAGGCUAUCGUCAGCCCGAAGUUGGAG